AUGCGUCACACCAAAUUGACUUGCGGGAACAUCAUCCAUUGGUCGCCCAAGGAUGGGGUUGGAGAGCUGCAAACGGUGAUGGUGGAUGAAGUGUUGGUGAUGACCUGGGUCUCUAACGCAGAAGUUUCAAAGUGUAAGAAGGUUGAAGUUUUGCCUCCAGCCGGAGUAGUUAGUGGAUUCAGAGCCUACCCAUUGAAUAUUCCAGGAUUUACAUUUUAUCAUGCGCUUCAGUGUCGAAGAAAAACCCAAGAGUUUUUCAGGGAAGAGUUGGAUAAAAGGAGAAAAAACAACGGUGAAAAUGAUCAACCUAUUCAAGAUCUAAUGGGUGGUUUGAUGAAUAUCAAGGAUGAAGAAGGAAACCAUUUGAGUGACACUGAGGUUCUUGAUAACAUUACUGGCAUUCUUCUUGCUGGCUUUGAAUCAACUGUCGUCGUCACCACGUGGGCUCUUUAUUAUCUUGCGAAAUACCCCAACGUUUUACAAAAGCUACGGGAGGAGAACUUGUCUCUCAAAAGCAGUAAGAGCGAACUCCUUGUAACAAGCGAUGAGAUUUUAAAGUUGGAAUAUACCAUGAAGGUUGUGGAUGAAACAAUUCGAUUGGCGAAUAUCGCUGGUUUUGUAGUGCGUGUAGCAACAAAAGAUUUUGAGUAUCAAGGGUAUACUAUACCAAAAGGAUGGAAUGUGAUUGUAUGGCUUAGGAAUGUCCACACAGAUCCUAAAAACUUCGAUCAUCCAUUGUGUUUUGACCCUGAAAGAUGGAAUGGAUCAAUGCUACCAGAAAACUUUCAAGCAUUUGGUGCGGGUCCGAGAAUCUGUGUCGGAAAUAUGCUCGCUCGUUUACAAAUCGCAAUGUUUCUCCAUCAUUUAUCCACGGGAUACAAAUGGCAAUUGGUGAAUCCAGAUGCGAAAGUGAAAUAUCUUCCACACUCUAAACUAGAAGAUGGUCUUGAAAUUACCAUUGAAAAACUAUGA